CUUCCCUACUCUUCUGUCGCUUAAUGAGUCAGUCUCUGGGUCGAAUGCUAGCUUUGGCUCCUCCUGUCGAUCACCGGUGGUCUGAUUGCUUGGUAUAGCUUAUUUAAGCCCCAUGUGAGCGCCGCCCACGCGCUUGCCCGUCCACGCCGACCGUAUUCCGCGUUCUCCAUUCCCGACCGUCAUGAGCGAACCCGAGUGACAUGUUACAGCACACCUGCUGAACAACACCAACAGAACCAAGUACAGACAUCUAUCCAACAUCCAGAAUGUCGUUUAUCUUUGGACGACGGCACUCUGUGGCUACUGCCUCGCCGAACGAGGGAGAUGCAGUCCCACGGAGCAACACUGGCCGAAGAUUGUCGGCUCCGGAUAUCUCGGAUGAAAGCCAUGGUCUUCGUGCCAAAGGAGUACUCCAUGAGUUAUUUCACAAACACCACGGCUCUUCCGACUCGAAUUCCCCACCCAAUCCCGGAUCCCCACAUCGGACAAAUAGUCCGCCAUCGCAAUCAUCGGAAAAUGCCCCUUCAAGCUCCCAAGGCCGCCAUGACAGCGAGGUACACGAUUCUGCGGCCGAAAAUUCGUCGAAUCUUUCGAAACCAGGCUCAAAGCCUCGCCGCUCCCCCAGAUUAGGCGACGGCCCGUCAUCGCCUCACAAGCACCACCUGACAAUGAAAGAUGUCGAGUUGAUCUUCUCGGGGGCGCCGUAUUUCAUGCUCGAAAAGGGUAAAAAUGAUCACUGGUUUCCGCAGGUCAUAUUUCCGUUCGACGACCACGACCCAGUCAUUCAAUGCUUCUGGGAUAGACGACCCCUUCCUCAUGCCUCUUACACCCUGUGCACUCUUCAUGCACACCUCCCAGUGCCGGAUGGUUGGGUCAUUGAGGGUGAUGCCCCUGCACAUCUCGAUAAUUGGAAACGGAGUGAGGCUCCCAAGCGAGCGACUUUUGAUGUGGGUGUUCAGGAGAUUCCCAAUAUGUUGGCCAUGAAUGGAAAGGAUCCAGGGACGGUGGGCUUUCGCUACUUCCUGGAGCUUCCGGUUGCCGACGCUGCCCGAUACAUGGGCCCUGGUGUUCCGAGGCCCUCGCCCGAUUAUUUGCAUCUAUCCAGCUUGCCAGCGACCGAGUCAUUUGAACUGUUGGAGCGUUACGGUCAGCCAUACGCUCUCUGCACUGAUGGCACCGUCCACGAUCGGAAGAAGCUGCUACGCGAGGGUCCUAACUUGUGGAAAAAGAUUGGUGUCCGUGACAUCGAUCUGCAAACUCUGGUGGAGCGACUGCAAACAUUGAAGCAUUUACGCCACGAGAUCCUUCAUGGUGAUAGGCCAAAGACGAUUCUCGACACUGAAUCCACACGCGAGCUAUAUAACGAACUCUUUACCAAGUUUCUCUUCCCUCCAGUGCGGUUUCUGCUCGCUGAUAUGGGUGAUUCUCACAGCUUGAAAGUCCAAAUCAAAGCUUUGACCGUCGUGCUGGCCACACCUGGGGCAUGGUUCGACUUCAGCCUCAUAGACUGGCGACUGCACAUCGGCCAGCUUCUCUGGGAGAGUCCCCCUCACAUAGACGGUGACACGAUCGAUAUUUUAGCGUCGGACAAGCCUUGGGUGCAUUCGACGUUGGAGCGAAAGUGGUUUUUGGUUCAGAUGCUGCUUGCUGCUGAGCUCUUGAUGCGAUUGGAUGCGACUGUACGUGUAGGAAUGCUUCAGGAAUCGAGGGAUAUUAGCAUUUCGUUGCGUGAUGUCUACGAGUUUGAUAGGUUGCGAAACGGCAAGUUAAAUUGGGACUUGGUCGUGGUGCGGCGAUUCAUGGACAGUUUUGAUCUUGAGUAUCGUCUCGAGGAUGGCAGCCCUGGCCCAGAUACUCACGGCCGGACUGGCCAGACAUCUGAGAAACAUCAUCACCGGUCUUUAUUUUCGAGCAUCUCUCAUCAUACGUCUUCAACACCUGGCAACAUUCAUAAUGAACCAGCCUGGAGAUGCCACCUUUUCCCGACUCAUGUGAUGCAACAGCUGAAAGGUCUUUUUGUCUUUGCAGACAAUCUAGAUUGGCCGCGCUUGGACGAAUUCAAGGAUGCACUGCGCGCAAAGUUGGAAGGGGGACAUAAUGAACAAGUCGUCAGGGAUGUCUUUACCCGUCCAGAACCUAACACUCUCCCGACCGGAUACAAGAUACCAGAUCUCAAGAAGGCCAUGUAUAGCAGAAACCAUUCCCGCCGUCUAUUACUUCUGCACCGCAGUCGUGACGACAGCAAUCGAAUCCACAUUGGCGGCUGGGCCACCAGAAGCUGGUUGUCGGGCUUUGUGAUCCCUGGACCGUCUAUCAGCCACUUACUCAUGGCUACAAUCUUGGAAAAUGACUCCGAUGCUAUGGCCAAACUUGGCCCAGUUGUCAACUUAUACGGUGGUUUCGCUUAUGCUGGAAGAAGCUGGUGGAGCAAAGAAUGUAUCGUUAGCCGAGUAUUGGCUUGUUUGGCAGGCAGCAAGGUGUGCUUGGCAUGGCAAGCCAGCCCGAUCUUACCCAAAGACUCCAAAACCUCACAGCCUUUACAUGAUACCUGGUUUGAGGUUGAGGUCAAAGAAGCGCAGAACAGACCGGGGAAACCGAGGAUCAAGCACGGAUCCAAGCUUUCGCUCGAAUCCACACCCUUAGGGCCCGGGGAUUUGACCAGCGGGGCCUUUACCAUGCCGCUCGACGAGCAAAGCGAGAGCGCUUCCCAAUUGAAACUAACCUUCGACGACAUGGUAUUUCGGGUGAAAGCUCAGCAACCGCCGUCAGCAGACCAUCAGAUCGUGGUUGUCGACCAGGUGACCAUGCACUUCACUUUACCUUCUGAUACGGCCACCCCUGCCAAGGUCUCGUUCCCUCUGACUUACAAUGUGCAAUUCAUCUCGUCGCACGAGUGUCGCCCACCUGGAGGCAUGAUAGCCCAUCCCCACGCCAAGAGUCCCAGUGGCCACGCGAGAUCCCCAUCUUCAUCCAGCUCAUCUUCUGAUAGACACCGCCACCACCGACUGCCAGGCCAUCCACUGCAUUGCCGCUACGCGUAUCGCUGGGUUCACCUACCAUCCCUCGCCGAGGAAUUCUCAGCAUCGGACCAGAUUCGGUCGGCUUUCGACCUCGAGGAAACUCUGAUUCUGGAUGCGCGCGGCUCCAGUGAGAAAGAGGCAUUUGCCCGAGCCUGGUGCGCAUCCGUGGGCUAUCAUGCUAUAAUUGGUCGCGCCGGUCGGACGUGUCUCUCCUGCUGUAUCCGGGAAGCCCGCGCGCUGCAGGUGAAAGUUCUCAUCCGUACGGGCAAUGGCCAUGCCACACCCAGCUCGUCCGUUCAAGUACUUUACGGUGGAGAGUAGGGGGAUUAUUUGGGAACUUCUUUUGGAUAGUUGAUCUAAGUGUCAAUCCACUGGAAUGUUGUCUACCUCCUUUUUUUUUGUAUAUUAUUGCAAAAGCCUGAUUUGAACUUUUGAUUAGCUUUUUGUGACGGAAUUCGUACCAUAUCAGUGGCAGACUGGAAAUAGGAUUUUACUUUUGGUGAC